GACUUGUGACCAAUUUAGCCUGCUAGCAUUUUAACAAAGUUUAAAAUCAAAUUGAUGGUGUAGCUAUAAGCUUCCCCUUAGGGCCUCCCUUAGCAAGUAUUUUAAAAAGUUGUCCUACAGAAUUUACGCCUAUCUUUUAUAGACGUUAUGUAGACGUAAAGGUGAUUCCUUAGUAAAUAAUUUAUUUAGGAAAUCUACGUUUGGUGGUGUUGUUGUUGUAAUAAUUGUAUUAGUGUAUGAAAAACUUUCCAUGAUUCCUAGUAGAUAUUGCACGAAAGGAUAUCGACUUUGAUAGUUUGAUGAAAGAAGAAGCUGAACAUUUAAACUUUGAAACUAUUUUUUCAGUUUGCUUUUAGGCGGCUAGCUAAUUAUUUCAUUGGCCAGGUUGGUCAUGUCAAACUCUGUCUAUUUGUCACGCUUCCUCAAGUUUACCCGCAAGCUCAGAACCCUUUCUCAUUCUUUAACAAAAAUAGUCAAAUAUGUUUUCCAUCCUGGAAUUUGGCAUUGGAAAUCUACGAGUGAUGAUGUGAAUUAAUCCCAACAUCACUCGUGAAUUCUCAAGGCGUUUUUAGGUAGAAACGCACGAUUAGCGAUUUUUGUUAGACAUGAUAGUACGUAGUUCAUGGACAAAUGGCAUAUGUUCGCAACACGAAUUCUUUUUCACGCACAAGUAAAAGGACAGUCUUUUAUACGUGAAAUUUUUAGUUUUUAUAAGGUGAGGUUUUUCUUGCUAGCAACACUUUUCCCGAUGGAAUUUUUCUCAUAAUUAAGUGAUCGAUAAAUAUAACCUAAAAUUGGUAGUAUUUAUUAACAUGGCUCUGAAUUUGUAACAACCAUAUUAACACUGACAUUGGCCAGCAUAAAAAUAAUCUUUCCCUUAUAAUCCCUUGAUCCAAACAAAAUUCUCCCUAGAUGUUUCUUCUGUAAUAUUGAAUCCAGGUAUAAAGUCCGUAGCUUCAUGCGAUAUACUCCUGUUAAGCGACCUUUAAUUACUGAAACUGUAAGUACAGCAAGUAGUGUGCCACAGCAAAAAUCUUUAUUUAGAGGCAAGAGAAGAAGUUUAUUUUGCGAUAAAGAUGUUCAACUGAUACGUCAAAAGUGCUCGUAUAUUAUUGCUAAUGGUCCUUUAACGAAACAAGGUGUCACUAAGGCGUUGGAAGGGGAAGAUAUACUAAAAAAUUUACUUUUGUACAAAUUCGUACUCGUUUGCACUACGAAAGAAAACAACUAUGAACACAUCUGUUCCAUGAACUUAUGCCAGUCAUUAAAACGAAUAACUCUUCGUUAAAAUUAUUAAACAUGUUAAUGUUCUGCUUUUGUUUCUUUACUAAUUGUUCUUAUAAUUGAUGUUGCAUGUUAUCCCAGAGGCAGCACUGCUAACACGCACGAUACUGUACUUUCCUAACUUUGACGACGAUUAUAAUACUGAGUUAAUUUUUGACAACUAGUUUUAAUUAAUGAAACUAAGUUUAAGCUGACAUUUUCUUUAAAUACAACCUUGAUUAGACAAAAUGUGUUUCCUUGCUUAAUUUUAUUUUGUGUAUAUAACGCUUGAUGCACUGCUUUCUAAAGUUUAUAUUUUGUUUAUGAGCUGUAAAGGAAUUGGUCUUCUCUACUACAUCCUAUGUAUGAUUCUGUUUUAGCAAACUUGAAUCUUCUUGUUAUUACACCCUCUACUUUCGUAAUUUGUAUAAGCACGUGUUUUACGAACUCGUUUAAAAGUUAGAAUUCAAUUUAAAGUUUUCAGAGCAUGCUUCAUAGCAUUAUUAUUGUACUUUUAACCACACGUUUUUAAAGAAAAAAUUAGCUUUAAUGUAGACUGAAAUAUCUCUUGUUUGUAUAUAGUGGAAAAUGUUGUGUAUAAUGUAAAUAUAAAUUGAGAUAUGGAUCAGGACACGUAAACUACUACCUACACUUUAUUGGACUUGUCUACUACU